GUCUACCGUACCUAGCUUAGGGAAGACAACCCACGGAAUAUCAAGGCUUAUUUUUGAGACAUCUGUGUAACAUCCCGGGCGCAUUUUGCGAAAGAAAUACUCAGCAGCAGAUCAGGGGAGGAGUACCAAUCAAGCAGACCCUAACCCUUCGUGCCUGGCUCGUUUUGUUGUGUCAGGCCAUCCGCCACACAGGGAGCAUUACAGGGAGCAUUAGCACGGCAUCACCAGACAACGACGACAUCAUCAGGGAUGCCGAUGAGUAAGCGAUGCGGAUCUUAGGCGGUAUAUCUUCAAAAACAGAAAGAACCUUUGCACCUCGCAGCCCGCCAACCGACCGGAACCUUAACAACACAGUUACUCGGUGCGGAAUUCUGAAUCUGAGUUCCGCAUCCUUCUCACUCUUACCCUCCCCAUCUUCAAUCACAACCACUCACCAACCCACCCUUCUUGAGCUCUUCUGUGGCCAUGGCUCAACAAUCAGAUCUUACGCCGCUUCUGUCUCGGGGUCUGCAAUCGCCGGACCGACCAUCGCCGACGCGGCUCCGCCCUAAGAUGGCCAACCGCCUCUCGUCCAGUGCGCCGGACCCGGAGCGUCCCCAUGUCGAGAAGCACAUGGGACAGUACGACUCCAUCAUGCGCGACGUCAUCAUCGGCUUCUCAGACGGCUUGACCGUCCCGUUCGCCCUCACCGCCGGUCUGUCCUCCCUCGGCAACACCAAGAUCGUCAUCAUGGGCGGCCUGGCCGAGCUCUGUAGCGGCAUGAUCAGCAUGGGCCUCGGCGCCUACCUAGCCGCCGACACCGAGCGGCAGCAUUGGGACGCGGAAUUCGCCCGCGAGUGUUCGGAAGUGGACAACAUGCCCGAGCUGGAGCGGGCCGAGAUCUACGACAUCCUCGCUGACUACGGCGUCUCCCACGCGGCAGCCGAGCCGCUUGUCCGGGAGCUCACCGCGUCCAAGGACCGCUGGGUGCGCUUCAUGAUGGACUUUGAGCUGCGCCUGCCGGAGCCCGACGUGGGCCGCGCCUGGAUCUCGGCGGCCACCAUGGGGCUGAGCUACUUCGUGGGCGGGCUGAUCCCGAUGCUGCCUUACUUCUUUAUGGACAGUGCGCAACGGGCGCUGCUGGCGUCGGUCGUUAUCACCGUGGUGAUCUUGCUGGUGUUUGGAUUCCUGAAGAAUUGGGUUGCGAUCCGCACUCGGAAGGCUGGGUUCUGGGGCGCGGCGCAGACGCUGAUUGUUGGCGCUCUGGCCGCUGGUACGAGCUACGCGAUUGUCAGGCUUUUGGACAACGGCGGUAGCUCGUGAGAUGGUAUGCCUUCGAAGCUGCAUACCUAGACAGUGUGGGAUACCGCGGGAACCGAGCACCUGCUCAUACUCUGUACUUGUACAUUACAUACUGCUUAUACCACCUCGAUACCUACUUCGGAACCUUAAUAACGCCCUUUCCUUGCCAAGACUUUCUCCAUGCUUCCGCACCGAUGUGACACCUUAGCUAAUAACCAUCAUGACAGCAUUGUUAGCAAAAGCACAAGGCGUCGGGGUGCUCCUUGCCUCGGUCGACAUCCUUUGU